AUGUUGUACUUUAUGAUGUCCAAACAAAGGAUUAAUCUUCCUUUUAUUUUGUUUAACUACUUAAGGGAUUCUAUUAGAAAGACCAGAACCACCGCACUUCCCAAAAAAAGAAUUGGGGAUGUUCAAAUGGUAAUUGAAAGGAAGGAAGAAAGAGAAAGAGUUAGAUAUGUUGAACUAAUUGCUGGCAAGCAAAGAGAAGCUGGAGAACAAGCUCAACUUGCUGAAGCUAGAUCAGCAAGACUCAAAGCAGAAGAAGAAGCUAAAGCUGCAGAAGCUGCAAACGAUGCUGAAGAAAAAGGAAAGCAACAAGAUCUAAUGAAGCGGAGGAAAACCGGAGAUGAGAAACCACCACACCGGAAUGUCGGACUCUCAGAGUUUAUUGUGUGA